CUUCACAGUGUCGUUGCAGACCUUCAGAUGGCCAUCUUCAAGUUGGAAAGCCGCCUGAAUGCUCUGGAAAAAUCAUCUACCUCCCACCAGCCCUUACCGGUUCCUCCAACCCAGAAAGUGGAACCGUUCAGCAUCCCCUCCAAAAAAGUGGAGCUCCCUUCAGCUUCACCAGCAAAGAAAGCUGAGCCAGCUGCUGCUGAGGAAGACGAUGACGAUGACAUUGACCUCUUUGGCAGUGACGACGAAGAGGAAGACCAAGAGGCCGCCAAAGUGCGGGAGGAGAGGCUGCGUCAGUACGCGGAGAAGAAGGCCAAGAAACCGGGACUUAUUGCCAAGUCUUCCAUCCUCCUGGAUGUGAAACCAUGGGAUGAUGAGACCGACAUGGCAAAGAUGGAGGAGUGCGUCCGGUCCAUCCACAUGGAUGGGUUGGUGUGGGGAGCCUCCAAACUGGUCCCAGUAGGUUACGGCAUCAAGAAGCUCCAAAUCCAGUGCGUUGUGGAGGAUGACAAGGUCGGAACAGACAUCCUGGAGGAGGAGAUCACCAAAUUUGAAGACUACGUGCAGAGCGUUGACAUUGCUGCUUUCAACAAGAUCUAGAAGCAAAACUGUAAUCCCCCCUCUGAAACUGUAACUAAUAAAGAUCAAGAUUGGGAGUGCAG